GAAGCGGGCGAGGCCCGGCGCGCGAGGCGGCGGCGGCGGCCCCGGGAGCUGCCGAUCGGCACCGGGACAAAGGCGCGGCCGCCCGGCGCCCUGAGCCGCCCGAGCCGGGCGCACAGCCGGGGCGCAGUCCGCGCCCCCCGCCGCGACUGACAUGAUGUUUCCACAAAGCAGGCAUUCGGGCUCCUCACACCUACCCCAGCAACUCAAAUUCACCACCUCCGACUCCUGCGACCGCAUCAAAGACGAGUUUCAGCUUCUGCAGGCUCAGUACCACAGCCUGAAGCUCGAAUGUGACAAGCUGGCCAGCGAGAAAUCGGAGAUGCAGCGUCAUUAUGUGAUGUACUACGAGAUGUCCUACGGUCUGAACAUUGAGAUGCACAAGCAGGCUGAAAUCGUCAAGAGGCUGAAUGGGAUUUGUGCCCAGGUUCUACCCUACCUUUCCCAAGAGCACCAGCAGCAAGUCUUGGGAGCCAUCGAGAGGGCCAAGCAGGUCACCGCUCCUGAGCUGAACUCCAUCAUCCGACAGCAGCUCCAAGCCCACCAGCUGUCCCAGCUGCAGGCUCUGGCCCUGCCCUUGACCCCACUGCCUGUGGGGCUGCAGCCACCGUCGCUGCCGGCAGUCAGCGGGGGCACCGGCCUCCUCUCGCUGUCCGCACUGGGCUCUCAGGCCCACCUCUCCAAGGAGGACAAAAACGGGCAUGACGGUGAUACCCACCAGGAGGAUGACGGCGAGAAGUCGGAUUAGCGGGCGGCCGGGAUGGGGAGGUGGGGGGGACCAAGAGGGGGGGGACAGACACAGAGAGAGGAAGGGUCAGUGCGAGACGCAGUAUAGCUCGGGAUCGGCUGACUGGUAGUAUUUAUGGUGGCCACCUGCUAGUGUGCCACCCCCUAGCUUUGCCCCUGCCCCCUGCUCCCGGCUUCCGCCCCUUCCCCUGAAGCCUGAAUAGGUAAAUACCUGGUGAUACCACAGAUGAGACAAGCUGAGGCCUAGAGGCCAGGUCAGAAGGGAGCAGAACCUCCAGAAACCCCAGCAACCCCCACACACACUUCCCCAUUCCACAUGCGUGUAACUGACAGUCUGCCCACCCGGCCCCCUCAGGACACACCCCACCUCCCACCCUGGCACUGCAUGCAGACAACGCUAGCUGCCCCUUCCUGCCCUGGGCACCCCACGUCUCCCCCUCCCUGUCCAGCCCACCCCCCGUCUGCUCAGUCCUGUGCCCACACCCACCUGGGCCUCUCCCCUCGCCCAGAAGGAGGGGGCAGAGGGGAGCCAGCUUAGCCCGGAUGCACGCACGGGGUCAGGGUGGGCGGCCCAGAAUCCCCCUGCUCCCCUCCCCGAAUAAAGAUGAGGGUACUCAAAUUGUCUUGGUUUUUCUUUUAAAUUUUUUUCCCUUUUUCCAGGAUACUAGCGUGUCUUUUAAGAAAAGGGUUAUUAAAAAAAUGUUUAAAAAAAAAAAGCUACACCCACGCCUGUGUCUGUAUAUAGCCUUUUAGACUGUCAGCUUUUGUUGUGUUCAGCCGUGUGAUCUCUGCAGAGAGAAGUGAGAAUGCUGUAUUGAGGGUGGGCUUAGCUGUGCCUUUCAAAUAAAGAUGUGAGAAGGUUG